AAUUAUGCAUUUACUUGGUAUAAAAAUCUCCACAGAUCUCUCCUGAACUCAUAAAUUCAAUUCAUAACAGAAAUAUUUGACAACCCUCUAGGACAAAAACAACCAUAGAUCAAUAUAGGUAGUUUGUAAGAAUGGAUCCGCAGGUCGAAGUCCCUUCCUAUUUUGUUUGUUCGAUAUCGAUGCAAAUCAUGCGCGAUCCUGUAACUGUCUGCACGGGCGUAACCUACGACAGGGAGAGCAUCGAGAAAUGGAUAUAUAAGUUACAGAAGAACACCUGUCCCGCCACAAUGCGAGUCCUAGAUAAUCGAGACCUCACACCCAAUCAUACCCUGUGCCGACUCAUUCAGCAGUGGUGCAUCGCCAACUCUUCCAUGGGUGUCCCACUCAUCGCCCCACCCGACGAGCCGCUGGAUAGGAAUCACCUCAACGAAUUGCUGCGAGAUAUUGAGGCCUCCCCGCCGCCGCCUUUUCUUGUCAAGGUCCUGAAAAUCUUGAGGACUCUGGCCGAAAAAAAUGAGGAUAACAGACGGUGCAUCGGGUCAUCGAAAGCACCGGCUGUGUUGAUCGACGUCAUUGAAAGCCAAUCUGAAGAAGCCGAGGAAACCGGUUGCUACUACGAUGUCGCGGUAACAUGCGAGGAAGCCUUGGGGAUUCUCCAUGCUCUUCAUUUGCCCGACGAAUCCGUAGAGACGCUUGCCACCACUAGGUGCCUGGCUGCCCUUGGUUCUAUUCUCAAGAGGGGCACCACCAACGCUCGGGUUCAUGCGGCCGUGCUAUUACAGAAAGCGUCAAUGAAAGGCGUGGAACGGAUUGUAGUGAACGGCAACGAUGAUUUGACGGAAGGAUUGCUGGAGCUUCUGACGGAGGAGGUGUGCCACAAAGCUACAGUAGCCGCCCUGGAAAUGCUAAUUGCAAUGAGCAUCAACAGCCGGCGCAGCAGAGUGAAAGCCAUCGAGGCAGGGGCAGUCUCCAUCUUGAUCGAAUCUCUUGCCGAGCAGACGUUGGAGAGGAAGAGCACCUGCGAGAGAAUGUUAUGUCUUCUUGACUUGUUAUGUAGAUGCGCCGAAGGAAGGGUUGCCAUGGUCGACCAUGCCAUGGGCAUCCCUAUGGUCUCUAAGAAGAUAUUUCGAGUAUCUCAAAUGGUAAAUGAGAAAGCUGUUCGGAUCCUUUGGUCGCUUUGCCAAUUCUCUCCAUCUGAGCGUGUUUUGAACGAGAUUUUGCAUGCGGGCGCCGUGACGAAGCUGUUGAUGCUCCUGCAGGUCGAUUGCACGCCCAAAACUAAGUGCAAGGCAAGGGAGAUUCUCAAACUUCAUGGUGACUGCUGGAGGAGCUCGUCUUGCGUUCCCACAGGGAUGUAUCCUUCGAAUAUAUGAAUAUAAAUUUCUUAUUAGUUUUUAAUAGCAUAGCAUUACAAAGCUUAAAAGUUGUGAAUAUGAGGACGAUUGUAGAAAAGAACUGAACCCUUGUGUCUCAAUCGAGAGAGAAUCUUUGUGCUUUAAA